CGUUUUGUUUUGUUCCUGUGCAGGGUGUCGUUCUGUACGUUCCUGGCACAUGAGUAUCCGGAGCAGGUGCAUAAGGUGGUGAUGAUCAAUGGAGGCGGCCCCACGGCCCUGGAGCCCAGCCUGUGCUCCAUCUUCCAGCUGCCCUCCUGCGUCCUGCACUGUCUGUCACCCUGCCUGGCCUGGAGCUUCCUCAAAGCUGGUUUCGCCAGACAGGGCGCUAAAGAGAAGCAGCUUCUGAAAGAGGGAAACGCUUUUAACGUGUCUCCGUUCGUUCUGCGAGCGAUGAUGAGCGGUCAGUACUGGCCCGAGGGGGACGAGGUUUACCACGCUGAGCUGACCGUCCCAAUACUGCUGGUGCACGGCAUGUAUGACAAGUUUGUGCCGAUAGAUGAGGAUCAGCGGAUGGCAGAGGUUUGAGCACAUUAAAUAGAUUUUCA